AUUUUAGUCUAUGGUUUGUGUCCAUUGUUUUUCUACAAUGUUAUUUUUCUGACUGCUGCUGGUGGACGAAAAUUUGGUUUCGCUGCGUCUAGUGUGAGUUUGUUCUAGUGUUCGUGUUCGAUAUUGUGGUUUAUUUGCAAUAGAUCACGAAGAUGUCGUCACCGAGCGCUGGGAAACGACGCAUGGACACCGAUGUCAUCAAACUUAUUGAAAGUAAACACGAAGUCACAAUAUUAGGAGGUCUCAACGAGUUCUGCGUGAAAUUCUUCGGACCUCCCGGCACGCCGUACGAGGGCGGAGUAUGGCGCGUCCGCGUGCACCUCCCCGACCACUACCCCUUCAAGUCCCCCUCAAUCGGCUUCAUGAACAAGGUCUACCACCCGAACAUCGACGAGGUCUCCGGCACCGUCUGUCUCGACGUUAUCAAUCAAGCCUGGACUGCACUUUAUGACCUUUCGAAUAUAUUCGAGUCGUUCCUGCCUCAGCUGUUGACGUACCCAAACCCCAUUGACCCUCUGAACGGAGACGCUGCCGCCCUCUACCUGCACAAACCUGAAGAGUACAAGAAGAAAGUUUCAGAUUACGUCCGAAGAUUCGCGACCGAAGAGGCGUUAUUAGAAAAGGACGCGAUCACGGGCAUGGGGGGCGCGACGCCCGCGUCGUCGGGCUCCAAGCCGUCCAACGGCAACGCGAACAACAACAGCGACACCGAGAGCUCCAUGAGCGAGUUCAGCGACGACGAAGCACAAGACAUGGAGUUAUAACAUAAGUUACCACGCAUAAGUAAUACUUGCUCACUCAUCACUGCCUUGUGUGUUUAAUGUGCUGUUCUGUGGUCUAAUGUUGGUGUCGGUGUUGCUAGGUUACUCUGUUCGGUGUUGCCAGGUUUUUAACUCGUGACGAAUGUUAUUGCUAGAUGAUCUGGUUGCAGUUAACAAAUGUUACCAAUGUUGCCAGUCUCUAGUGACAGAGGAAAAACUGAUGCAGUUUUUGGUAAAUUAACUGAAAUCUGGUUGCAGCUAUCAUUGUUGUUAACCGGAUGUUGCAGAUCCGAAUCUGGUUGUCAAAGUCAUCAGUUGAAAUCUGGUGACAAACUGAAAGAUGUCAGAAAGUAUGACAGUGAAUGUUGCCACAAUUUUGGGAUGUUGUGUGGUUUUUUGAAAGAAUCUGAAUUUCAUUGUAUAAAUGCGGUAGAAUAUAGAAAAGUAGUUUUUAUUAAUUAUGCAACUGUGAUCUUCUAAAAGAAAUUAAGCGUGUACUAUUGAGAGAACGCAAUUCCCUGAUAUUAUUACUUAUUUAGUGCCCAAAGACCUACCGAUAUUUUACUUAAUGAGUUUCUUAGAUGGUAGUUGCUGAGGCACUAAAGACGUCUGGUAAGAGACUCCUCUUCUUUGAAUCUGCCAGUCAUACAAUACUUACUGGAAUCACAUCCAAGCAAUCCAUUUCUAGUAGUGUAUCUUUAUCUUACUAUAAAGUAUUAUCUUCAAUGUUUUCUGCUGUCUUUAUUUGAUGUCUCAAAUCAAUUGAAUAGCAAGAAUUAUUUCUUUUCAUAUUUUGAGGUCGUUAUUGUUUUUCUAUGUUGAUUGGAAAUAAUACAGCCACUAUAAAUGAUACCAGCUCAACUAUAAUUUACCGCAUUUUACUAUUUACAUAGUAGAAAUACUGAUACAUUAGUGUUAUUUAGUAUUCAUCCUGAGAAAAGCUGAUGACUAUCAAAUCCAGAGCUGUGAUUGGUUUAACAUACCGCCAUGGAUCAGAGCUAUCAAAACGAAUAGCUCCUGAGGUAGAAGUACUUCCUCUAUAAGACAAGAAACUUAUAUUCAUCACAAUACUGCAUAUUAACUAUUGCUUAGCUUAGACAAAAUUAUGAUUCGUUAAAAAUGCUUUAACGAGUAUUAGACAGAAUAAAGACUGGUAUUGUUGUAUCUCUUUUCACUCACGGGAUGAUGAAUACAGAAUAAUCCUAUUUUAAAAGUAUUUCUACUAAGUAAAAUUAAUAUAACAAAACGUUUCGGGACCGAUACCCACUUGGCGUCAGUAAGACUUGUAAAUAAUUAUAGUGUUAACUUAAAAUUAAUCCAAAGCGCAACUCUUAAUGUAUCGCGUGUAUAAAAUGUAUCGGCUUAUUUUAAUCUCGUUCAAAGACUAAUCGUAAUCGCAUUGAACCACGUUAGACCACAGGCAACAAGCCAGUACCAACAGAAGACAGAGGUUCGCUGCCAACAUUAAGAAAAUAUCUAUCAAAAGGACCACGAACAUUGCCAAUUUAGAAAAUAAAAAAAAGAUGCUCAGAUAUUUCCGAAUGGCGGCGAACGGAAAACGCUUUAAAAUUUAAAUAUAUGUUAAUAUAAAUAAAAAAUAUAUUAUGCAUGAGAUCGUAAUUUAAUGGAGAUAACUUUUUUAGUCGUUCGUCGGGAGGUUACUUAGGGGCGUGUUUGGCUUGUCUUAAUGUGUCUUUAUGCUUAAGGUUAGCGGCAAUACGUUAGAGGAAAAAAAGUGUUCACGAAUUCGAUGUUAAACGUAGAUGGGUAGGCUUGGAAAUGGAUGGGGUGGCGUGGUUACGGACGAAACAACUGAUAUUUUGGAAUACUUACACGUCUUGAAAAUGAACAACCAAUAUUGAUUGUGGUAUAUUGUGUACAUAUUAAUUUGACUUGUGGUGGUCAGAUAAGAUGUCACUCUUUUUAAGAUUGUUGGGUUAAGUAUGUCUCCAACAUAGCUUGUCAUAAUAAAAGAUAAAAAUCUGAUCAAAA